AUGAAUUAUGGCAACAAUAUGUUAGGAAAAUGGACUACACAGGUGGAUAAUAGUGGAAAUACAAAUAAAUCUCUCUACCAACCCAUAAUAGAUAACUCAAAACCCCCAAAGCAAAGGGAUUCAAUCAUACGUCUUGCAGGAGAGUCAGGUGAUACUCUGGAAUCAUGGAGAAGUAGAAUAGAAAACCGUGUUUUACAUCUUAACAAGUUAACAAAGGAGGAAGUCACAACUUUAUUGAAUACCAAAGCCCCCAAUUCAAGCAUAAGACUUCCAUAUUCAAAAUUUAGUGGAUUAAGUAAUAAAGCAUCAAAAGCUACUGGGCUACUUUCAUUAAAGGAUACAAUACCAUACGAAUCAGCCACUAAACUACAUGAAUUAUGGUUAGAAUAUGCCAAAGGUAUUAUAGGAACCAAUAAUCAUCUAAAUGCCUGUAAAUCAUUGGCUUUGUUGGAUUUGCAAGGCGCAAAGGUUGAUAUUAUAAAGAGCAGUUGUCCUACCUAUGUAGGUAUUUCGGGGAUAAUAAUUAGGGAAACCCAAAACGGUUUUAAUAUCGUAAAUCAAUUAUCGCAACUAAAGUUUGUGCUUAAAAAGCAAACAGUAUUUCAAAUAAGACUUGGAGAUUGGACAUUUUUUGUUCAUGGUCAACACAUUGUUGCCACUCCAUCACAAAGAAGUAAAAAGAAACUUAAAGGCAAAGUUACACUAUAA